AUGGAAAUGAUGAACAGCAAAGCAGUGGGAGUACAUGCAUAUCAAAAGCAAUGUCCACAGAUUCAUCGCUCAAUACGUAUCGGUGCACAAGCGGCCAGCAGCGCGGCCGGCGAUGCAGAGACUGUCGGCUCAGCUGCUAGCAUUACAGGAACACCAGACCCUUGGUCGACGCCAUCUUCUCCCCGAGACGCUGGCUCAUCUUCGAUCCUGGCCAUUUCACCAGCACCUGCUCUCGACCCGCUAUCGCAACCUCUUGCAGUAUCGGAUUUGCCUCCUAGUCCUUGGGAUGCCGCAGCCGCUGUCUCCACUGCCAAUUCCCAGGUCGGGGGUCGCUGUCAGAGUCUACAAAGGGGCCGCUUCAGAUUCGAUACGGGCCCCUCCCUGGUGCUCUUCAUUGAGACAUACAGACAGACAUUCGCAGCGCUGGGAACCAGUUUGGCGCAACAGGUCCCGGUCGUCCGGGUAGCCCCGGCAGCAUACCGUGUGUUUUUCCAGGGUGCGGGCUCCCUGGACAUGUUGUACGACGUUCAGCGAAUGGUCGAACAGUUGGAAGGGGUAGAGAAGGGCGCAGGCGGGCAAUAUCUGGACUGGCUGGCCAGCGCCCGGGCGGCUCUGGAGCUGGGGAUGGAGGGUUUCAUCAGUCGUGACGCGAGGGGGCUGGGGGAGCUGGUGGCGGGGGUGAUCAAGGACGAGGAGCUUCGUUCACUGCUGACUUCAGUUGGGUUGGCUGAGCUGUUGGGAUCCCACCACUCCAGGAUGUCACGGCGGUUCCGAGACCCCCGACUGAAGGCGCUGUUCACAUUCCAGGAUCUGUACGUGGGCCUUACGCCGUACAACGCCCCCGGGGUAUACAGCCUGCUGGCCGCCACGGAGCUUACCGACGGCGUGUGGUACCCGUUGGGGGGGUUUGGGCAGAUUCGCGACGCGCUGCUCCGAGUGGGUCAGGGUUUGGGUGUACGACUGCGCUGCGGCGCCCGGGUUACGGGUGUGCGUACGGCACCCGGGGAAGGGGGGGCCCAGGUGGUGACGGGGGUGACCUUGGCGAGUGGGGAGGAGCUGGAGGCGGAUGUCGUGGUGUCGAACCGGGACGUACCGCUGACGUACGAGCUGCUCCGGGGCCCAGCAGAGUCCCACGGGUCGGCCAGGGCUCGACGACUGUUGGCUCAGGACUACAGCGCCGGGAUUAUUUCGUACAACUGGUCGGUUAACAAGAAGUUGGACCAACUGCUGCAUCAUAACGUCUUCCUUUCCGGUGACUACGAGGGUUCGUGGGUUCGUGCCACCGGCCCCGACACGCUCUCCCGCAGCCCCAACUUCUAUGUACAUUGCCCCGGUCGUACAGACCCCACCGCGUGCCCCGCGGGGAGCGACUCGGUCAUGGUCCUGCUGCCCGUGGCUAACAUUCAAGAGAUGGUUAAGGCCCAGGAGGCGGAGCGCCGUCGGGCAAGUCCUUUGGGACACCUCCCAGGUGUUGGACCUCUAGCGGCGGCGGCAGCCGCCGCUGCUGGCGGCGGCGGCGGCGGCGCGACGUCGUCGUCGUCGUCGUCGUCGUCCUCGGCAGUGGAUUACUCGGCGUUGGUGGCGGCAGGUCGGGAGGCGGUGCUCCGAAGCCUGGCAGAAGCAGGCGUUACGGAUGUACGGCAACACAUUGUGGACGAGCUCGUUAUCGACCCGAUGGAGUGGCAGGACAGGUUCGCGGUCUCUACCUCGUGGGAGCGUCCACCCGCCCGGGCAACGGGGUCCCCCUCACCAUGA